AUGUGCCCAAAACUUCUGAAACGGCUCUGGAGGAUUCUGAGGGUGACUUGGAGGAAAGGGAAAAUUCCGGAAUGCUGGCAGACGGCAGAAGGGAUAUUUGUACCGAAGGAGAAGAACUCUGCGACCAUGAACCAGUUCAGAACCAUAUCACUCUUGAGUGUAGAAGGGAAAAUCUUCUUUGCCAUACUUGCCAGGAGGAUGACGAAGUACAUGACAUCGAAUGAGUACAUCGAUUCUUCUGUGCAGAAAGGAGGAAUUCCAGGAUUCCCUGGAUGUAUUGAACACACCAGCGCAAUCACACAGCUAAUUCGGGAAGCCAAGAUCAAUCAAGGAGACUUGACAGUUGUUUGGCGGCAGACCGGGAGACUAGAGGACCCAAAACUUCAUCAGGAGUGCGAGUACCACCAAACAGAGGGUUCAUGGACUACCACCCACGUGCAGGCGCGAUGGAUCCUGUCAGCACUCGAGGAAACAGCUGGAUGGGCAAGGGUGAAGUUUAAACCAAGGAAAUCUCGAUGUGUUGUGAUAAAGAAAGGGAAAGUGACCAGAAAGUUCAAGCUCUCGAUACAGCAGGAGGAGAUCCCAACAAUCGUAGACAAUCCAAUCAAGUGUUUAGGAAAGUGGUUUGAUGCUAGCCUGAACGACAGCAAGAAUAUCAAACGUUUGCAAAGCCAGGUGGAAGAAGGUUUGAGGAGAAUUGACAAAUCAGGACUGCCCGGUAAAUUCAAAUCUUGUAUGUACCAACACGGGCUCCUACCACGCCUCACGUGGCCUCUAACCUUGUACGAGGUUACCACUACCACAGUGGAAAUCCUGGAAAGGAAAAUAAGCAAAUGUCUACGACGUUGGCUUGGAGUCCCCCCAAGUUUCACCAGUGUGGGCCUUUACAGCACCACAGGCAAAUUACAACUCCCAUUAUCAUCGCUGGUAGAAGAGUUCAAGGUGGCAAAGGUUAGGCUGGUGAUGACUGUUAGAGACUCCAAAGAUGAGAAGAUCCGGAAUGCUGGAAUUGAGACUCGAACAGGACGCCAGUGGUCAGCAAGCAGUGCGGUACAGGAAGCAGAGAGCAGGCUAAGGCACAGCGACAUCGUUGGGAUUACCUGUAUAGGCAAACAGGGGUUAGGGUCAACGCGGGUGGAAAGGUGGGGAACAGCAGACACGGCUGGUAGGAGGAAGAUGGUUCAAGAUAACAUCAGGAAGAUGGAGGAAGAGAUCAGGAAGGUUAAAGCUGUAGAAAUGGGAGCACAGGGAGCAUGGACCAAAUGGGAGACAACGGAAAGACGUCUUACAUGGGCAGAUAUCUGGAAGUUGGAACCAUGUAGAAUCCAGUUCCUCCUGCGAUCAGUGUAUAAUGUCCUACCAACACCUACCAAUCUCCACCGAUGGGGGAUGACGGAAAACCCCAACUGCCCACUGUGUGACCAACCGGGUAACCUGGCCCAUGUAUUGUCAUCGUGCAACACCGCUCUGACCCAGGGGAGACAUACAUGGAGACACAACAAGGUACUGCGAGAGCUAGCAGACACCCUUGAGAAGAAAAGGCAGAAAAAGAAGAAAUGUACCAAACAUCAACCGUACAUCAACUUUGUAAGAUCUGGAGAGACAACCAAUAAGAAAGCAGUGCACCAAGGAGGGAUACUGGAUGGAGCAAACAGUUGGGAGAUGCGGGUUGACUUAGGACAAAGACUAGUUUUCCCAGAGGUCGUCCAAACCAACCUUCGUCCAGAUAUCCUGCUAUGGUCACAGCAAGGGAGGAAAAUGGUAAUGAUUGAGCCAACUGUCCACUGGGAGGAUCGAUGCCAAGAGGCUCAUGAGCGGAAGAAAGGGAAGUGCGCCGAUCUUGCAGACGACGUGAGAGCAAAAGGAUGGAGUGUGUGGGUCUUGCCAGUAGAGAUGGGGUGCAGAGGGUUCCCUGCACAGUCCAUGUGGAGGAUGUUUUCUACACUAGGCAUCCAGGGAAGAGACCCAAGGGCAGCUGUUCAACGACUAUCAACAACAGCAGAGAAGUCGUCCAGCUGGCUUUGGUGGAGAAGAGAAGAUUUGAGCUGGAAGCCAUCCAUCGACGGGCAGUGA